CAGAGGGUGAUAAUAUAGUUUUUUAUGUACAUUGCAAUGGUAGAAGUUUUUGAAAUUCGUUACUAUCAAAUAAAUAAAUUUCUUUUGUCUUUGAUUGGACAAUGGCCAUUUCAAUCGACCAUCAAAGCUCGCAUAUUUUUUUUUAUUAUGCUAAUAUUUGUAUUAUCUCAACUAUUUCUACAGGUUACUUCAACUUAUUGUUACUGGCCAGAUAUGGAUAUGUUUAUUGAAAGUGGUUCGCCUAUUCUUAUUGCUGGAAUAUGUGCAGCAAAAAUAAGUAACUUUAUUAUAAACUCGAGAAAGAUGAAAAAACUUUUACUAAAAAUGCAAAGCCAUUGGAUGUCUUUAAAUGACAGUUCUGAAAUUGAAAUUCUGAAGAAUUACACAAUUGCGAGUCAUAAAAUGACAUUACUUUAUAUGAGAAUUGUGUAUUCUGCUUUAACAGUUUUUAUGAUAGUACCCACACUUCAGUCAAUUGCUGAAAACGUUUUACCAGGACGAAAUCAAACAUAUCCUUUACCAUUUCCUAUUGACAAUAUUGUUAAUGUGGAGAAAUAUCAUAAAAUUUUGUUAAUUCAUUCUUUCAUUAGCACAUAUUAUUUUAUAACUGUUUAUAUAUCGGCUGAUACAAUGUUCUUAACUUAUGCAACACAUGGCUGCGGAAUGUUUGCAGUGUUAGGGAACCAAUUGAAAAAUGUAUCCCUGGAAAAUAAUGAGGAAUCGAGUAAAAAGCCAGAUGAUGAAAUUUACAGGAAAUUUUUAAAAUAUAUUAAAAAUCACGUUGAAGUCUUAAAUUUUGUAGAACUUCUGGAAUCAACGUACUCAACAACAUUUCUAUUUCAAACGGGAAUAAACGUGAUUUCAAUAAGUGUUACAGGGAUGCAGAUUGUGUUGAAUAUUGAUAAUCCAGAUCAAGUAAUGAGAUGUAUGACAAACUUAUCCGGUCAAAUAAUACAAUUAUACAUAAAUAGUUUACCAUGUCAGCGAAUAAUUGAUCAUAGUUUUAGCAUUCGAGAUGCUGUUUACUCUUCUCCAUGGUAUUUAUUUCCAAAAAAAAUAAGACCUCUGAUACACAUUAUUUUAAUGAGAGUCAUUACUCCGUGUCAAAUAACUGCUGGUAAAUUGUAUAUUAUGUCCAUGGAAAAUUUUGGUAUGGUAUUGAAGACAUCAAUGUCCUAUUUCACAGUUUUAUUGUCCAUGAGAUAGUUAUGAAAAUAGCAAAAUAAAAAUUUGAAAAGAAGAAAAAUAAAAAUUAUAGGAAAAUAUUUGCUGUACAUUACACUUAGAAAAACGUGCAAAAUAAAAUAAAUGACCUUAAAGACCCCUUUAAAGGGUCAAAAUGAACGCAUAAAAUUUUUUCAACAUAAAGUCUUUUAAAAUUAGUUGUAUAAAA